UAAUUAAACCCUCUGAACCCUAGUUGUCACUUUCGCUAGAGAAACCAUCUCCAAAUGGCGAUGGAAGAAACACAAACUCGUCUCUUGGAGGUGAUGCAGACCGAGAUUCUAGCGAGACUACCCUUGAAAACCAUCUUCAGAUUCAAAUCAGUGAGCAAGAAAUGGAAAUCAACACUCGAAUCACCUUAUUUCCGCCGUCUCUUUCUGUCUCUGCACCGAGCAUCGUGGUCGCUCUUGCACGGAGCAGACGAACUGAUAGGUUUCCACGGAUGCAAAACAUGGGAUCUUCCAAAGUCUCCAGCUUCGCUCAUCCCAUACUCUUUCAAACGCUACCUUUGCGGUGAUUGCGACUACGUGGAUGUGGAUUCUUCGGGUGGAUUGGUUCUGCUUACAGACGGCGCUGAUAAAUCUUACUGCUACGUCGGCAAUCCAGUUUCUCAGCAUGUCAAAAUCCCUCCACCUCCAUCUGAUCCGACAGGUGAUAAUACUUAUGUGUUUGGUUUGGUGACUCGCUUGGACGAGGACGGUGUCGUUUUGAGCUUUAAAGUGGUUAGGUUAGCUUCUUACCAAACCACAAAUGAUCAUCUCUCGAGUGAUAUGGGUACGGUCUAUCUAUGGAGUCAACGGGAUUAUCAUUGGGUAUCAUGUUACUUGCGGAAACAAGACUACACAAUCCUCGGUCAUCAAGAUUGUUUCAUUGACGAGUCUGUUUGCGAGAAGAGUGUUGAUGAGAUAUGGGAUCCAAGGUCACUAUCAGAUUUAGACGAAGAAGACUUGAGCUUUAGAGUUUGUAUCUGGUUCUGCCCAUUCGUGAUCCCACGGUGGAUGGCAUCGGUGCCUCGUCCUCCCCAAACUGAGAUGAUAGAUACGAAUUCACUACUUUCCUACGCUACUGCAACACAUGAAGCAAAGAUGGAGGAUAUAAGAAAUGACGAGUACUUUUGGAUGGAGGUCGAGCAGGGCCGGAUCUGAGAUUUGGGAGCUCGAAACAUUUUUUAAGAUGGAGUGAUAUUAGUAUGUUUUUUAUGUGAUGUCUUUUGUUAUUGUUUUAUAACGUUUCCAACUAUGUUCUGUUUUUAGAACGGGCUCUGUUUUUUCGGUAAUAAGUCGUACCAAUGGUAAAAUCAAAAGAAAAAGAUGUU